GGGAGGUGCGUGGCUUUGGGGAGGAAGGGGUGUGGAGGUGGGUGUGGAGGUAAAAGCUGAUGAGGGGGCCUGGCCUAUAACUGUCAAGUUCUCCCUUCUUUUUUUAAGGGAACUUCCCUUAUGCUGAAUAGGCUUCCUCGCGAGAAAAGGGAAAACUUGGCAGCUAUGGCCUGGCAUGGCCUGGCUUAGCAUCGCAUCCAGGUGAAGCCAUGGUCAGAGUGUCUGCCUUGCUGCAUCCUGACCCCCGCUGCAUAAAAAUACUGGUUUUGGGUGGUCAUCCUUAGCUGCUAUUUAGAAACACCCCUUGUUCCCCUCCCCUCCUGCGAUGAGAAAAGCAGGUGGGUUGUUUUUGUUUUUGUUUUUUUACACCACAGCCUCCUAGCGGAAAGAGGUUGGCCAUUGCUUAGCAGAGAGGGUGAGGAUGGGAUUCCGCUCCCCCCCAAAAAAAAUGAAUUGUAGGUGUAAAGUUACAAUUAAUGAUGUUGAAAUGGAGGUACUUAAUUGAAGCUGAGCAACAGACUCUUUUUGCUUCUUCGGUUUUAAUCUCAAACUCUCACACACUUACAUGAAUUUAAUGAUGAUUUAUAUUGGCUUGGCAUAAUUAUAUAGUUGCAUUGUGAACUUGGCAUGUAAAUGGAUGUUGGAUUGUAAUGUUUUGAGAAUGGUGGUCAGGUUAUUUUUUUCACCUGUUCUACAUAGAACCAAUGCAAACUAUUGAGUUGAAGUAACAAGUACAGUGUUUGCAGAGGUCUAAAGAAAUAUAUUGUGCAUUUGGUAUAGCGGUUGCUGCAAUAAUUUUUUUGUGUGGGGGGAGGUAGGGAGUGGGCAUGCAUGGCAUAGGGCUUGCUUCUUAAUUCUGCCAGGUUACUGACUGGUGCUAUCGCUGUUCCCAGGGGCUCAUAUUUCAGCAAUAGUGUGUGUUUCUGUGCCGACACUGCAAGUCAUAUUGAGCUUUAAUUGAUGUCUUACUUUUUAGCAGCGAUUAUUGGCUGGGUUAAUACCGGAGGAUCAGAAGGACAAUUCAUACAGCUUAAUUUCAGAUGAUGGUGUUUUAAUAAGAAUAAUAUAAAGUGCAGUUCUGUAUAGUUUUGAAUAGGAUUGUGUGUGUGAUUCUUGUUUAGAAACCAGAUUUCACUUGAUCUGAAAGACUGAAGGUUGGAGAGUUCAAUCUUGCACAGUCAUCCUAUUUGGAAAUUUGAAGUGUAUGCUAUUUGAAGUGUAAGCCAGUAUAAUAGUCACAGGAACUACCGUACCAUAAGCAGUGCUUUUUUUUAGCCAGAACUUGUCAAAACUCAGUUCUGGCCCCUUUCAGGUGGACACCGUUACCAUUAUGAGAGAACAAGGGAGGCGUUCAGGAUCACAAGUGAUUGAGAGAUGGUUCAAGAAAAUCUACCUCACAAAUUGCAUUCUUUCGCCCAUGAACUGUAUCACUGGAAAUCUGAACAGGAACUUGGCUGUUGUUCUUGAAAGUCUCAGGCGAACGGAUGGAGACCAAGUCAUUUUAUUGCAUCCAAGGAGUGGGUUGCUAUCUGAAGUAUUGAUUCAACAGUCCAGUCUAUCAUUGCUGAAUGUCUUAAUAAAGUUAGCAAAGGAUUCAAAAUAUCCCUUGUAGUUUCUUCUGAGUUCUUCAAAAAAUGGUUGCUUGACCUCUUUCCUGCUGAAAUAAAGUGGCUUCUGUAACCUGAUUCUGGAAAUAUUAAUGGAAUGCAAUCAUGUCUACCCAGGAAGAAAGGCAGAUCAAUACGGAAUAUGCUGUAUCCUUACUGGAGCAGUUAAAGUUGUUCUAUGAACAGCAGUUGCUAACUGACAUUGUUUUAAUUGUUGAGGGCACUGAAUUCCCAUGCCAUAAGAUGGUUCUUGCUACAUGUAGCUCUUACUUCAGGGCUAUGUUUAUGAGUGGGUUGAGUGAAAGCAAGCAAACGCAUGUCCAUCUAAGGAAUGUGGAUGCAGCCACUUUGCAAAUCAUAAUAAUUUACGCAUACACGGGUAAUUUGGCAAUAAGUGACACUACAGUCGAACAGCUUUAUGAAACAGCUUGCUUCUUACAGGUAGAAGAUGUGUUACAGCGCUGUAGAGAAUACUUAAUUAAAAAAAUAAAUGCAGAGAACUGUGUGCGGCUGUUGAGCUUCGCUGAUCUUUUCAGCUGUGAGGAGUUAAAACAGAGUGCUAAAAGAAUGGUAGAACACAAGUUCACAGCUGUAUGUCACCAGGAGGCUUUCAUGCAACUCUCACAUGAUCUGUUGAUAGAUAUUUUGAGUAGUGACAACUUAAAUGUGGAAAAGGAGGAAACCGUUCGUGAAGCUGCUAUGUUAUGGCUGGAAUACAACACAGAAUCUCGAUCACAGUAUUUGUCAUCUGUUCUUAGCCAAAUAAGAAUUGAUGCACUUUCUGAAGUUACACAAAGAGCUUGGUUUCAAGGCUUACCGCCGAAUGAUAAAUCGGUAGUGGUUCAAGGAUUAUAUAAAUCUAUGCCGAAGUUUUUUAAACCAAGACUUGGAAUGACUAAAGAGGAAAUGAUGAUCUUCAUUGAAGCUGCUUCUGAAAACCCUGGUGGUCUUUACUCUUCAGUAUGCUACAGCCCACAGGCUGAAAAAGUUUACAAGCUCUGCAGCCCUCCCGCUGACUUGCAUAAGGUUGGGACGCUUGUAACUCCUGAUAAUGACAUUUAUAUAGCAGGGGGGCAGAUCCCAUUGAAAAAUGCAAAAACCAACCACAGUAAAACUAGCAGACUUCAGGUUGCCUUCCGAACUGUGAAUUGCUUUUACUGGUUUGAUGCCCAACAAAACACUUGGUUUCCAAAGAGUCCAAUGCUGUUUGUUCGUAUAAAGCCAUCCCUCGUUUGCUGUGAAGGCCACAUCUAUGCAAUUGGAGGAGACAGUGUAGGUGGAGAGCUCAACAGGAGAACUGUUGAAAGGUAUGAUACUGAGAGAGAUGAAUGGACAAUGGUAAGCCCACUGCCCUGUGCGUGGCAAUGGAGUACAGCUGUUGCUGUUCAUAACUGCAUUUAUGUAAUGGCACACAACCUGAUGUACUGUUACUUCCCCAGGUCAGAUGCUUGGGUUGAAAUGGCUAUGAGGCAAACUAGUAGAUGCUUUGCUUCAGCUGCUGCUUUUGGGGAUAAAAUAUUUUAUAUCGGAGGCUUGCACGUUGGCAGCAACUCUGGUAUAAGGCUCCCUACUAGCACUGUAGAUGGGUCUUCCGUUACUGUGGAAGUUUAUGAUGUGAAUAAAAAUGAAUGGCGAAUGGCAGCCAACAUCCCUGCCAAACGAUAUUCUGACCCCUGUGUCAGAGCUGUUGUAAUUUCCAACUCCUUAUGUGUCUUCAUACGAGAAACCCACAUGAAUGAGAGAGCCAAGUAUGCCACCUACCAGUACGAUAUGGAACUUGACCGGUGGUUCUUGCGCCAGCAUAUAUCUGAAAGGGUGCUCUGGGAUUUGGGGAAAGACUUUCGGUGCACUGUGGGAAAGCUAUAUCCAUCUUGCCUUGAAGAAUCCCCAUGGAAGCCUCCACCGUAUCUCUUUUCACCAGAUGGAGCUGAUGAGUUUGAGAUUGAUGGAGAGAUGCUAACACUGCCACCUGUAUAGCUCCCCAAAAAAUUAAGAGACUGCAUGCCUAUAACUGGUUAUCAUGAAAACUCUUUGAGAGAACAGGGCUGGAAUAUGAAACAAUAAGCUGUCUUGUAUGUGUGCCCUAUUUAACAUUUUGUGGCCAUUGAGUGUAAAUCGGUGGAAUUUAUAAGCGGAUAUGCUUCCAUAAUCUGAAACAAUCCCUCUGGUAGCUGAUGGGAUCUGUAUGUAUAUUGCAAGCUUAAAGCAUCUGCUUAUUGUCUAAAUUUUUAGUCUUGUGAAGACUUUUAGUUCAGGAAACUUUCACAAAAGCAGCUUCUAUUUCUAGGAUGGUAUGUUAAUUGCUCAAAGUAUCUUCCAGUUAUAUUUGAGUGAGUUCUGGAAAUCUUUGUAUGUGCUAGUUAUUAUAGAUUGUGUGGCCUAAUGGAAUGUGCUACACCUAUUACACAACAGCCGUGUUGGUAUAAUAAUGCCAUGUAAAGAGAGAAACAAAUCCCAUGGAUCUACCUGUGGUAGGAAGGGUAGAUCUUCCAAUUUAUGGUGACAUGCAGGGCAAAAUGACUGCAGGCUCAGUCAAGCUGUAUUAUUAUUUUAUUAUUAUUAGGUGCAUGUAUUUUCACUAACUUAUACCUGUCUAUUUAGAAUACAGGUCUUCCGAGCAGCUGGUAGUUUGCCAGGUGUGAACUUACGUUGCUGGGCUUGCAGUAAGAAUUGCCAGCCCUACCUAGUGCGGGUCUGUGUGGAGCUUUGAUCAGUAAACAGUUCCACAUUCUGUAUUUCAGAAACAAUGGCUCAUGCAUAUUACUUCCUGCUGCUUAUGUCCCCCUGCCCCAAUGUUAACCAAGAUAUAGUGUGGAUUAACCAGGUUUUUAUUUUUGUUAAUUUAAUAACAAGCAUUACUGUAGUGUGACUGUGUAUAGAUAUCCCUUAGUUGUCUCUUUGUUUUUUUGGGGGGGGCAGUUGUUUUUUUCAGGAAUACUCUGUGCAGGAGAGCAGUUCAGUAGUGCUGCUCUGGCAUUAAUCCCAGGAACCACUAGCAGUAGCGGAGCGCCGCCAAUCUUACAUGAGCACAGGUGCUUCAUGAUGGAUCAUACUAGCAUGUUCAGCUGCAUCAUGUUCUGGCACUGUAUUUUGAAUGAUAUUAAUUUAUUAAAAAAAAAACCUGAGUCAAAGACUUGUUUCCUGCAUUUUCUGCAAUGUCAAACUGUAAUGUCAAAAAAUAUUUCCUCAAACUGUAAUGUCAAAAAAUAUUCUGGUACUGGGUGGCUCAAAAAAUUAGGCGCAACAGGAUGUGGAAGUGCCUCAUGUUCUGAAAUAUUCCAGAGAGGUAAGUUACAGUAUACAAGUUUGCUUUCCUCUGAGGGCCACAAGGUGUAGAGGGGGCAGAUGUUGCUGUACAGCAGAGGUGGCCAACUUCCAGGAGACUGCAAUCUACUCACAGAGUUAUUAACUGGAGGUGAUCUACCCCCUUUUUAGUGGGGUUCAGGUCAAAGUUGUUGAGCUUUUUUUAGAGAGGGGAAAUAACAUGUUUUAUAACCCAUUUUAUUAGGGUGCGGGAUAAAAACUUCACUUGGGGGCGCCUAACUUUCAGGGGCAAGGGGUUUACUCGCUCACCAAAAUAUUGCUUCCACGGAACAGAAUAAAAUGCUGAGUGGAGCUAGGUGCUCUUAGACAAAAGUAAAGGAAAAUGAUCCCGCAAUCGACUGCAGCCUCCUAGGGAUUGACCAGUCGAUCCCGAUCGACCUGUUGGACAUCCCUGCUGUACAGUGUACUCAUUACACUUUGGAAUCAUAGGCAAGGUGCUGAAAAUUGUAUUUAAAAUGCAUGCUUUCUGAUAGCUGGUUCACACUUCAUGCUUAGCUAAACAGUGGCUACAUGUGAGUGUGCGGUCUUCCAGGGAGAUGGUGCCUGCCUCACUCGUUGGAUUGCUGCUGUGCCGUUCUGAGACCAAGAACAAACCUUGGUUUAAAUCCAGAUGUAACCAUGAACUGUAACCAAGGUUUGUUCUUGAUUACCUCUUGUCCAUUACAAACCAACCACAAGCCCAGGUUUGGAUACCAUGCUAAGACGAACCAUAGCUUAGCUGAACAUGGCACAAAACAGCUGGUGAGGAGUGAAGUGGCCGCAAUCCUCUCCCUAAGCUAUGGUUUGGCUUAGCAUGACGUGUGAACCAGGCCACUGUUAAAACUUGCAUAGUUCUUUUCAGUAGCUGAAAGCUUCUUGUCCAGCACUUUUCUGCCAAUUGAUUUUGGUAAAAAAAUGAACCUAUUGAAAAAAAUCCCACUUCCAACUUGUUAAAAUAAGGUUGGCUUUGCUUCUAAACUUAAGUUGAAUACAGUCAUACCUUGGACCCCAAACGCCCUGCGAGUUGGAACAUUUUGGCUUCUGAAAGCCGCAAACCCGGAAGUGAGUGUUCUGAUUUGCAAACAUUCUUUGCAACCUGAACGUCCCACUGGCUGUAGGAGCUUCCUGCAGCCAAUCAGAAGCCGCGCCUUGGUUUCCGAAUGUUUUGGAAGUCGAACAAACUUCCGAAACUGAUUCCGUUCAACUUCAGAGGUACCACUGUAUAUCUGCCCUUCUAACAGAACAGGAGGAAAGAUUAUUCAGAAAUUUGUAACUAAUACUAACUAGCAAAUAUGUUUCUUGGAAGAAAACAGUAUAGGAAAGAAAUACUGGAGGAAAUUAUCACACUGCAAGUUGUGAAGAUAAACAAGUAACUUCAUAGUUUGCAUUUUUUAUGAAGAUGAUUCUGUUCCUGUAAUAUCGGUGCACCUAACCUUUGGUCUAGAAUGGAUCAGUUUCUUUGAGAUUUUGCUCAGCAUCAACUGAACAUAUUAGGCAACUUUAACAAGGAGAAGACGACAUUAUGGAUUCAUAUUUGGUAUUUAGAAUAUUGGCUGUAAUUUUGGCUGUAGCAGGUGAAAAUUAGGGCUAUAUAAUUAAAAGCUACUGCUGAUUUGCAUGAGGCAGAUAAUUUUAGCACACUCUUGAAAAAGUCAUGAGUGAAAAGAGUUAAAACAUAUGAAUACCCAUUUUUAAACCACCAAAACUAGUCUGAUAUAAGCUGGCAAUGGUGAGGGCAUGUACACACUCAUUAGUGUUUCUUGCCUCUCUUUCCC